AUGAAAGAAGCCAACACCACCCCAUUGGUUCCACAUCUGGCCAGAGCUCUCAUUCCUCAGAAGUGCCCUAUCCCAGCGUUUGAGUGUUACGAUGGAUCCAGUGAUCCUGCGUCCCAUCUUCGAUAUUACAAUCGCAUGCUGGCACGAUGGGAUCAAGAUGACGCAGUCCUAUGUAGAUAUUUCCCUUUAAGUUUGAAAGGAUCGCCCCUAUCCUGGUUCAAUAACCUUCCACCCAACUCCAUCGACUCCUACGAUCAGCUUACUGAGAAGUUCUUAGGAACGUAUAUGUACAACAAGGUUGUUAACGCAUGGAUGGACAAGUUAUUCUCAUUGUCGAUCGCCUGCAGAGAAACAACCAGGGAAUAUACUGACAGAUGGCACAAGAUUUUCCAGGCAAUAGGGAGCGUAGAUCUGGUGGUCAGCAUUAACUGCUACAAGUGGGGAUUGGAUAGGAUGAGCCCGUUAUUUGUCGAGAUUCGUGGAAGUGUUCCCACGACCGAAGGAGACCUUCGAGUAAUCAUCAAAAACCACGCCAGGCUAGAAGAGAUCCAAUGGGAAAACCCCAGAGCCCAGGUUCAAAGAUCUCAUCGGACGCAUUCAGUAGAGAAAGCUAGCGGGUCUAAAAGGAGCUCCACUGAGCGUCCUAACAAGAUAGGAGAGGACGAAGAGACAAUCGUCGGCGUGAUGACCGAAAGUUCGAAGACCAAGUUUACACGAAGUUGA